GCAGAUCCCAGCUGCCCAAUUCCAAUAUGGUGGCCAGCUUGGCAGACCUACGGUUCUUGUUGAUGAUAUUGUUGCUCUGCGGGAGGAUCGGGGACGGCGCCUGCAGUCAGCAAGCCCCGCGGGUUCUGGGGUUGCGACUGGAGGACCCAGAAGGCCGGGUGUAUAUGAAGGAGAGGAUCAUCUCUGCGCCGCAAGGGGCCAGUUUUAAGCUCCGACUGUUCGGCUCGGAUCUGAAUGGUACCUGGCCGUGGGUGGCGUUCGCUGGGGCUAGACUGGGGGAGGCCGGGGCGGUGGGGGAUGCAGCCGACCCGUGUGGACAGGAGACCCGCCGUGACACCUCCGCCUUCCAGGUCAUCGGGGAGGUCACGGCGGACGAGGAGUACAGCGGGCUGAUAGAGGUAAAGGUGCGGGACAAGAGCAUUAUGUCUCUCGCUGCAGGGGAUGAUGCCAACCCGACCUACCACCUGUGUGUGUUGAAGAGCGGGAGUUGGGUGUCAGUGGGAUUGGACAGGCUGCGGAUCAACAACGAAAAUGGUCUCCCAGCGGACUACAUCCCUCCAUGGGGUGUGGUGGUGCUGAUAUUGCUGCUGAUCCUGGUGUGUGGGGUGCUGAGGACCGUGAACCUCAGCCUGCUGUGGCUGGACCCUCUGGAACUCUAUGUCCUGCACAGCUGCGGCUCUGAGGAAGACAAACGGGCCGCCAAGCGCCUCGAGCCCAUCCGGAGAAGGGGCAACUUCCUGGUGUGUUCCCUGCUUUUCCUGUGCGCUCUGGGCCAUUCGGUUCUAGGUGUGCUGCUCUACCGGGCCCUGGGUUCCAUAGCACCCGCCGUCUUCACCAGCGGGUUCCUCAUCUUCCUGGUGUCAGAGCUGAUUCCACAUAUAGUGUGUUCCGGCUACGGCUUCCAGCUGGCCCCAGGCCUCACCUGGCUGGCACAGGUGUGUAUGGUGCUGACGUGCCCACUGUCAUGCCCACUGGGCCUGGUGCUGGAUCUGGCACUGAGGCGUGACAUCAGCACCUGCGGCGUGAGGGAGAGGGCCAUGGAGAUGAUCCGCACCAACGUCAACGACCCCUACAGUGAAUUUGUGAAGGAGGAGUUCAGCCGUGGUGCGCUGCGCAGUAAGACAGUGGAGGACAUCCUGACUCCGCUCAAGGACUGUUUCAUGCUGUCUUCCACCGCUGUGCUGGACUUCUCCACCAUGUCAGAGAUCAUGCAGAGUGGAUACACGCGUGUCCCAAUCUACGAAGAGGAGAGGUCCAACAUCGUGGAGAUACUGUACGUGAAGGACCUGGCUCUGGUCGACCCUGAUGACUGUACCCCCAUGACAACUAUCACCAAGUUCUACAACCACCCUCUGCACUUUGUCUUCAACGACACCAAACUGGACGCCAUGCUGGAGGAGUUCAAGAAAGGGAACUCAGCCCUGGCCAUCGUUCAAAAGGUGAACAACGAGGGGGAGGGAGACCCCUUUUAUGAGGUUCUGGGAUUGGUCACCUUGGAGGACGUCAUCGAGGAGAUCAUCAAAUCAGAGAUCCUAGAUGAGUCUGACGGAUACAUCGACAUGAAGGUGAAGCGUCCUCUGGCCCCUCUGGAGAUUUCCCUGGAGCCUCGCAGCGUCCACGAAGAAUUCUCUCUCUUCAAACUUCCCGAGGGCGAACCCAAGAUCCGCACCUCGCCCCAGCUACUGCUGGCCACACACCGCUUCCUGUCCAGAGAGGUAGAACACUUCAGUCCAGCCCGUGUGUCAGAGAAGGUGUUGUUCCACCUGCUGCGUCACCCCAGUGUCAACCAGGAAGUCCACUUUGACCCUUCCAACCGCCUGAGCCCGGACCACUACCUUUACACACGCAACCACCCUGUAGACUACUUCAUACUGCUACUACAGGGCCGCGUGGAGGUGGAGAUCGGUAAAGAAGGCUUGAAGUUUGAGAACGGAGCAUUCACAUACUACGGUGUGUCUGCACUCACAGCGCCAACCUCAGUGCACCAGUCUCCAGUGUCGACCCAGCGUCGUUCUCCCAAGGAUCCGUUUGAGUUGGGAGAUGCCACCAGCUCGUCCAGCUACUGUCCUGACUACACCGUCCGUGCCCUCACCGACCUGCAGCUCAUACGGGUGACUCGCAUGCAGUACCUGAAUGCUCUGAUGGCGUCACGUGUUGGCCAGAGCCCAGACCCUUCUGAAAUCAAGAUCCUGCCCAACAGUCAGACCAAGCUGCUCAACGAGAGGAACAUCACCACGCAAGGUGGCAGUAAAUCCCAGGAGAGUUCCACAGAAGAGGAAGCUCAUGGGUAAUGCAGUUCUCUCCCUCAGAACUACGUGUGUUACUCAGACGACCAACCGACAGUCACAUGAGACUGUUUUUAGGAGUAGACUUGAUGUGUUUAUCAGUGAAUCACUUAUCUCUGAAAUGCAGUGAUUGAACCUGGCUAGUGUGAGCGUGUGUGGCGCUGCUGCAUUAUCCUCAGCUGUACUUCUCAUUCAUUAUAUGUUUCGUAUUGAAUCAGCCAUGGCAAUUGUGCGUGUGUAUGCAUACCUGUGUGUGUAUGCGGUGUGUGUGUGCCUCUCCUCCCUGUUGUAAUUCAGCCUCCUUUCCUAAACGUUACAUUGCCUGUUCCUUCAUUUAUUAUCUGUGUGCCAAAGUGACUCACCUUAACCUCCUGUGGGUGUACGUGUGUGUGUGCGUGAGUUGUCAAAAUCCGUCCAUCCAAGCAUUAGACAGAGGGUGGUAAAAAAAAAAAAUAGAUUUGCACAAAAGUGUGGUGAUUUGCUUUAGUAGUUCAAUUAUACGUCCAUUUUUUUUAAUUUUAUACACUCCCACAUUUCAGAUGCAUACAUAUUUGUAUGUAGAGCCAAAUAUUGCUUGUUUUUGUUGUUUUAUACCAUUCAAUGCAGUACUUAUUGAUGCCUAAUGAAGGCCUGUAUGUUUUCUUUAGUUAAAGUGAUAGAUCGCCGAACAUUUUAAUAAAUAUCUAUUUGAA